CUAUCUCCCACUCCAAAUAUUCCGACUGCUUUCCCUGCCCCAGCCCUCUCUCGACUCGGAACACUCCUCUCGCGCUGGCACCUCUGUGGAAUGGGCCUGGGCGGGGAGGUGAAGAGGAGGCAGGAAUGUUUUCUAUUUUCCUAUGUAGAAAGGGGGCUGGGCGCCCCUAAACUAGAGGGAUGCAGAAAAGGGGGGCCGGGGUCCUGAAAUUAGGACUGAGGACUCAUUUCUGGGUGGGUCCGGGGUGCUGCUUGAUGCUUCAUUUUGGGACUCCCACGGUCCAGCCCCUGCCCGCUGGGAGGCGGCGAGCUGGAACGCAGGGUGGGAAGUCACUCACCCGCAAUCCUGGGGACAGUCCCCGCGACUCCCCGCCAGGCGCCUGGACGGGUUGGCCGGGGCGGAGAGCGUUAUGUUUGCACUAUCCAAAGCUCUUGGGCCACCUCAAAAGCUCUUCCUGCAUCUUGGCGCCUGGCGGGGGUGUUUGGAGAGGGAUGGACCUCUCCUCCCUCCAACUACCACCACCCCUUCCAACCACCCUCCUGAGCUCGGGCUCCGCCCGGGUGGGGGGAGACCUCGUUUUUCCAAACGCGGCCGCCGCUCAGCCACCGGCCGGCAGCCUAGGAGUGACCUGAGGGUGGGUCGAGGGGGCUGUGCAGGGACAUCUCUACACUGUUCCCAUCCGGGAACAGGGCAACAUCUACAAGCCCAACAACAAGGCCAUGGCAGAAGAGAUGAACGAGAAGCAAGUGUACGACGCACACACCAAGGAAAUCGACCUGGUUAACCGCGACCCCAAGCAUCUCAACGACGACGUGGUCAAGAUUGAUUUUGAAGAUGUGAUUGCAGAGCCAGAAGGAACACACAGUUUCGAUGGCAUCUGGAAGGCCAGCUUCACCACCUUCACUGUGACAAAAUACUGGUUUUACCGCUUGCUGUCUGCCCUCUUUGGCAUCCCAAUGGCACUCAUCUGGGGCAUUUACUUUGCAAUUCUUUCUUUCCUGCACAUUUGGGCAGUUGUACCGUGCAUUAAGAGUUUCCUGAUUGAGAUUCAGUGCAUCAGCCGUGUCUAUUCCAUCUACGUCCACACCUUCUGUGACCCGUUCUUUGAGGCUGUUGGCAAAAUAUUCAGCAAUAUUCGCAUCAACAUGCAGAAAGAAAUAUAAAUGACAUUUUAAGGAUAGAAGUAUACCUGAUUCUUUUUUUUUCCUUUUAAUUUUCCUGGUGCCAAUUUCAAGUUUCAAGUUGCUGGUACAGCAACAGUAUAUGAAUGAAUUUUCUUGGUUCAGAACAAAGAAAAUCACUCAGUUUUCAUAACUAUUAUUUCUCUCUUCUGAGCUAUUUUAUCUAUUUUUUUUUUGGUGGUCUCAAUUUUUUAAACCCGUUUAAAAGUUUUUUCCUUACAUUCUUAUUUGCAUGUGGACCAUUGUUUUUAUUGGCUGAGAUAUGGACCUAUUGUUGAAAGGUAAUUUGAGAGAAAUAUGAAGAACUGAGGAGGAAAAAAAAAGAACAACCACAAGUGCCUAUUCUAAAAUGUUGAUCUUUUUAUGGUAAGGGAAGAAUUCCUGGCUAUGGCCAUUAAGUGUACAGGUAUGUGGGCAGGUUUUAAGCAGACUCAUGCCCCACCAUCUGAAGCGUUAGUAGAUUGUUGCCAUUCACUUUAAUGAUCCAAUUGGAUCUAGUGAUCUUUAUCAAGUUAGAAAACAUAAUCUGCAUUCACAUGUUCCAACUAAGGCCUACACUUCUUGAAAUUUUAACCUGUGAUUCUUUCUGUGCCUGAAUAUUUGUUAUAUAGAUAAUGAAACCUAAGUGCCUUCCUGUUCUUCACAUUUUCCUUUUCAAAUAGGGUCCAACUCAUCAACUUUCAUUAGGUCAGCAGCCUCCCUGAAGACCAAAAUUAGAAAAUCCAUUCUCCACGCUUAUUUCUGACUCUCAGAAACAGAGUUGGAUGAAGUGUAUGUCUGCACUUGAUCACGCAGCAUCUUUAUCCAUAUCGAGUAUGGUCUACAUCAACCCCAUGAAACGAAUUAAGGUGGACGAAUGGGACUGAGCCCUCUGUGGGCUGGCAGGAGUGGAAGCCAACUUUCCCUGCCUCUCAUCAGCUGAAUGAGGUCAGCAUGUCUAUUCAGCUUCGUUUAUUUUCAAGAAUAAUCAUGCUUUCCUGACUCCAAACUAAUCCAUCACUGGGGUGGUUUAGUGGCUGAACAUUGUGUUCCCUUUUCAGCUGAUCAGUGGGCCUCCGGGGAAGGGCUCAUAAAAUGGAGGCCAUUGUGUGAGACUGUUAGAGUUGUUGCAAAUGUGACCCCCUUCAAAGUAAAGCACUUGUAACUGUUAUGCUGUGACACACAGCCCCUCCCCCUGCCAGGAGCUUUGGACCUAAUCCAAGCAUCACUUUGCUCAGAAAGAAGAUGGGGGGGGAGGCAGUAAUAAAAGAUUAAGGUAAUUUUGCUGGAAUAAAAUCAAAUUCUUCUGAACUCAAACUGAGGAAUUUCACCUGUAAACCUGAGUCAUACAGAAAGCUGCCUGGUACAUCUAAAAGCUUUUUAUUCCUCCUGCUCAUAUCAAGAGUCUGACCUUGGGGACAUUAUUUUUAACCUUCAGUUAUAUGCUUUUAUUUUUAUUUUCAUACACCUAUUGGAACUCUGCUUGAUUUUAUUUUUCAUCUCUUCUAGUUUUCCUGACACUUUAAUUAUCAACCUGUUACCUACGUCUAAGUUUUGCAUUUAAAACAGACACUGGCAUGGACAUAGUUUUACUUUUAAACCAUGUACAUAACUGAAAAUGUAGUAUAUUGCAUACUUUUUAAGUGUAAAGAUAUUUUUAUCUUUAUAUGAGGAAAAUCACUUGGGAAAUUGCUUUGUGAUUCAAUCUGUAAACUGUGUAUCCCAAGACAUGUCUGUUCUAAUCCCUCAUGCAAAUCAAUUGCUGGUCCAAAAGAUUGCUGAAAUUUUAUAUGCUUACUGAUAUAUUUUACACUUUUUUAUCUUGCAUGCCCUGUAAAGAUUAAAGCCUGCACAAUAAAAAAUGUUUAACAGUUCAA